AUGCGAUGUGACUGGGCUUUUCCUGGUCUGACUGUAUCAGUCAUUUUUAAUUUUCAGAGCUUGUUGACUAUAAUAUUACUUCUUAUAUGUACCUCUGCUUAUAUCCAGUCCUUGGCACCCAGCCACCUGGAAGAAAUAAAGCUAGAUUUCUAUGUACAUUUUGAGAGUGUGCCAGAAUUGAUAAACAAGAGUCCUUAUGAAGCAGUAUUCUGUGUAGUGAUGGCAGUCAGUAUCCACUUCAUGCAGUAG